AUGCUCAUCGCUCCAAGCACCUACGCUUUCUUGCUAAUGGAAGACAAACACUGCUUUAUAUGUCUAGAAAAGGAGUAUAAAUAUACUUGUCCCGCGUGUGGUACGAAAACAUGCUCAGCAGAAUGUGUCAAGCGCCACAAGCUUCGAUCAGAGUGUACUGGUCAAGUUGAUCCUACCAAGUUUGUGGCUAGGAAGGACAUUUCCAGCGAUCCGUCCUUAGUGAAUCGAGAUUAUAACUAUCUACUCAACUUCGAGAGGAAGAUCGGCCUUGGGGUGAGUGAUGUGAAGCAAAAUGCUAAAAUGAUGUUCAGAAGGCAGCUUGGUAAUCCAAAUAAGAGACAGAGACUAGGUAAGGAGGAUACAGAUCCAAGGCUUGUAAGGGUUAACAAGAGAUACAAUUCACCUCAUUACGCUCUUAAAAGGGAUAACGUUAUGGUUGUUCACCUUCCGUCCGGGAUGUCCCGCUCUAUACAAAACAAGUCGGGAUACGACAAGAAGGCUGGCACCUACACCUGGACAGUGGAAUGGGUCCCAGUUGGAACAGAUGGCAAGCCUCUCAAGAGUUUCACCUCUUUUAGAGUAAAAGAAGAAACUGUUCUUAGAGACGCUGUUCCUCAUUUAGCAUUUGCUUCGAGCAUGGGAGUUGAGCCUGGGACAAUAGAGGCCGAUAAACUCCAUUUUAGUCUCGAGAACAUCAUUAGCACCAAAUCACGCUCUGUGAUUCCUUUAAACGCCGAGGAAAGUAUCGCUACUGUUUUAGCAAACAAGGUGGUAUUGGAAUUCCCGAAGAUUUACAUCUCCACCUCUGCAAACACCUUGGAGGAGUACGCUGAGAACGAAAAACUAGCAUAUGGCAUUGAGAGUGAUCUGGAUAGCAGUUCCGAUCUGAGCUCCGAUUCAAGUUCCGAUCUGAGUUCAAGCAGUGACUCGGAUUCGUCAGACUCUGACAGUGAUUCUGACGAUGCCCCAGAGGAGACCUCAUCUAAAGUCCCCAACCUCGAGGAUGCACCUCUUCCAACCACGGAAACGAAACCUCCUAUAGAAAUAGUUCCACCGAAGACAGAGGAAUAUCAGGAAGAAGAAGGAUUUUCAGCAUAA